CUCUGGCUUUAGGGCCUCCAAGAAAUGUGGAGGGGUGUGAUCGGAAGUGGACUGGAGUAGAUUAUUUGAGAGCGCUAUAAGAUUAGGAGCCCUGAGCCUCAGCUCAGACCCUGAUUCCUCUGAAGAGUCCACUUGGAUACCAACCAUGUUCGCUGCCGCGGGCUCCCUGGUGACCGCCAUCUGGGCAGCGCUCCAUCUCCAGACACUCUUGCUGGCUCUUGUCACCUUUCUGUUCCUGGCCGACUACUUCAAAAGCCGGCGCCCCAAGAACUACCCGCCAGGUCCGCAACGCCUGCCCUUCAUAGGCAACAUACUGCAGUUGGACAUGGAAAAGCCGGACCUGGCGGUCCAGGAGUUUGUGAAGAAGUAUGGGAAUGUUAUGAGUCUGGAUUUUGGAAUCAUGUCUUCAGUGAUUGUAAGCAGUCUGCCUUUAAUCAAAGAAGCCUUUACUCACCUGGAAGAAAACUUUAUGAGUCGCCCUCAAUUUCCUAUGCAAAAACAUGUCUUUAACAAAAGCGGACUGAUCUUCUCCAGUGGCCAGACAUGGAAGGAGCAAAGAAGGUUCGCACUGAUGACUCUGAGGAACUUUGGGCUGGGAAAGAAGAGCUUAGAGCAGCGCAUACAGGAGGAAGCCCAGCACCUUGUGGGGGUCAUAAAAGAGGAGAAAGGACAGUCUUUUGACCCUCACUUCAAGAUCAACAAUGCUGUUUCCAAUAUCAUUUGCUCCAUCACCUUUGGUGAGCGCUUUGAGUACCAUGACAGUCAGUUUCAGGAGCUGCUGAGGUUACUGGAUAAGGCCACGAAUUUGACUUCCUCAAAGAUGGUCCGACUCUAUAAUAUCUUCCCAUGGAUAAUGAAAUAUCUUCCGGGAUCACACCAAACAACAAUGAUUACCUGGAGACAACUGAAAUCAUAUGUUUCUGAUAUAGUUGAAAAUCACCUCAGAGACUGGAACCCUGAUAAGCCGAGAGACUUCAUUGAUGCUUUUCUCACGGAAAUGACAAAGCACCCCGACAAAACUACUACAAGUUUCAAUAAAGAAAGCCUCAUCUGCAGCACUAUAGACCUUUUCCUUGCUGGAACAGAGACAACAUCUACAACCCUGCGCUGGGCUCUGCUCUACAUGGCUCUCUACCCCAAAGUCCAAGAAAAAGUCCAGGCUGAAAUUGACAGAGUGAUCGGCCAAGAGAAGCAGCCCAGCCUGACUGACCGAGACUCCAUGCCCUACACCAAUGCCGUUGUCCAUGAGGUACAGAGAAUGGCAAAUAUCAUCCCUCUAAAUGUUCCCAGGGAAGUGACAGUUGACACUAUGCUGGCAGGAUUCCACCUGCCAAAGGGCUCCAUUCUCCAUACCAAUUUGACUGCACUGCACAUGGAUCCCAAAGAAUGGGCCACCCCAGAUAUCUUCAAUCCAGAGCACUUUUUGGAGAAUGGAGCCUUUAAGAAGAGAGAAUCUUUUCUGCCUUUCUCAAUGGGAAAGCGAGCUUGCCUCGGAGAACAAUUGGCCAGGUCUGAGCUCUUUAUUUUCUUCACUGCUCUUGUGCAAAACUUUACUUUCAAGCCGCCAGUCAAUGAGAAGCUGAGCCUGAAGUCUAGAUUUGGCAUCACUGUUUCCCCAGUCAGUCACCAUCUCUGCGCUGUCCCUAGACUGUGAAGUCAGAGACAGAAAGAGAAAGGAGAACAGGAACUACCUAGCAAUCCUCUGAGCCAUUGGAGCUGCUCAUAUGUGAAGGGAGAGAGGGAAAGAUGGGAAGAUUAGGCUACGGUUAUUGGAUCAAUGUCAUGAACUGUUGUGUCCUGUAAAUUGGUGGUGGAUACGUCACUUAUAAAUCAUUUCAUCUAAGAGUUGCAAAGAGAAUGAUAGUUCCUUCUGUAUAGAAAGUGUUGUAAAUAUGAAAGGUGGGUUAGAGACAGCAUGGAAAUCACUAAAGUCAUAUCAUAAAUUGUACCUUGUUCGCUUCCUGCCUCCUUCAUAAAUGUGCACUUGCUUCUAGAUGUUAAAUUGUUUUAUUUGAAAGUGGUACAGAGAUCUCUUCUUCAUCUCAUAGCCUGUGGAGGCUUGCUGAGAACAGAACUUAUAUACACUUCUUUCUGGAAAGGUGUACUUUAAGGUCAUUUUCUUAGCUGUCAGUGGACUCUCCAAAACUGAAGAGAGUACAAGGUUCUCCUAAAAAUUUAAGGUGCCUAAGAUGAGAGCAAGUUUUACUUAGGAAAUAGACCUGCUUCUGUGCACAAUGGAUACAUAUUUCCCAAAAUGAUUCUUAUUAUACUCAAGUGCCCCCACGGUGCCAGUUUAUGCCAUUAAAUUUAUAAGGUGGCAUUGGUCUACAAUCUGGAAUAUGUAAUUUACCAGAUAUUGUUCCAUGGUGUGGUGAGAGACAUAUGUUCCUGUUCAUAUGUUCACCCAGGCACACAGUUAAUUUUUUUUUACUCAAAAUAGAGCUGAAAAUUACUUGUGAAAUGAAGGGUAUCAGGAAAAGGCACACUGAAAAGUCUCUGUUCUGCACUGUGGAUGGAUGUUUAAAAGAAAUCCCAUACUAGCUCAGAACUGUGAAAUAGAUGGUUAUUUAUUUAGGAGUAGACUCAUAAAUCAGAAUCCUCUGUUGAACAGGCAUCAGAAAACAAAUCCUGCAACUGGAACAAAGAGGCUGGAAAGGAGGCCGGACAUGUACUCUACAGUGGCAUAUAUAGUAUACGAGGCCAAGCCCCAGUGGGCCUGUAACCACUAUCUGUAAGAUUUCCUAUAACACCUCCACAUUUUGUUUAAAUAAUAGAGUUCUAAACCUAAUACAAAAUUAUUUACAAUAAGAACAAAUAUAUUCAAUAAUUAUCCUAUCCUAACUACUAUAAUAAAUAACUUGGUCAAGUCAUGAGAAAAAGUAACUACAACUAUCUAGUCUUUAAUCCCAUCGAAGUCCGAGAAAGAAACUAAUAUUACUUGAGUAAACAGGAAGUGCAAUCAAGUAAGUUCCAAAAUGUACAACAAAUGACAGAGACAGCUGGCUACCUGGGCAAUCACCCAAAGUCUCAUUUGCAAAAUUGAAGCAAUCAACUUUGGCUAAGGCCUAGAAUAACUGACAUACCAUUUUCAAAGGCAAGAAAUUUUUCAAAACUGUAUUAUCCUGUAUUGGCAAGAUUUGACAAUCCUGCUUAUCUAUUUCCGGAUAUCAUGUAUCUUGUCAGUAGUUUAGGUAUGGGCAUUUCUUUGCCCAAAGGCCAGUUUUGCCAAGAAGAAAACAAACUCCAAAUGGAAUGUCAUUGGUGCUCAACAUUCUCUCAGGAGUAGAUCAGUGCUGCCAGGAGCAAUUGUGUCUCACUUCAACAGAACCCUAAGUUAGUUAAAUGCCAUAUUCUACAGCAGUUUGAAGUGGUUGAAGAUUACCUAUUUAUGCAGAAUAUAAUCUCUAUAUUAUAAGAAACUGAUUAGUCUAACUAUAAGUAUGACAGAGAUGACUAUUAAUCUAUAAUCCUUAAUACCUAUAUAACUUAAAGACUAAGACUUUAUAUUAGAAUAUUAUAAACAAUCGUGUAACAAAUGAGAACAAGGACCUCAAAAUGUAAACAAUGUAUAAGUAUCUUGAUCAGAGGUAGAAAUGUACAUUGCAAUAUGAUAAAUAUAUAUCAAUCUAAAAAAUGUUUUAAGCAGAGGUAGAAGCAUGCAUGCAUACAAUAUUCAAUGUAAUUUAACUUUGUAUCAAUAUACAAGAAUCUAUACCAAUAAAA